CUGUGGUCCAAAUAGUGCGAACGAAGGAGUGGAUAUUCUUAACCUAAAAUGUAACAAAUUUAUUAAAAAUACAUAUUGUUCCGUAAUAAAGUAGAUAGUAAGUGUACAGAAUUCCACAAAAAAUUCUGAAUAGUUAUUAGGAUUUCAUAGAUUUAGAAAGGUUAGUUUUUCUUUCGAAGAUGCAACGGCGGCCAUCUUGUUAACUGCGUGUUUGGUGACUCCAAUCGUUUGUUAUUUCAUUUAAUAGAUGUUCUAGGAAUAAUGGACAGCAGCUGUGCUAAAGUGUUUUCUUCCAACAUUACGCGGGUCGGUAGUGAUCAUCUGAAUAAUCUUUACGAUCUUUUGGAAGUGCAACCAGCAACACCUCUUAAAAUAAAUGACGAAAAAAAAAGUACUUUCGAUUAUAUACCUAAAACUGAUAAGUGUUACAUCCCAAAACGAAAGUCACGACUGAAAGUUAAAACUGUAAGAGACAUCAGAAAAUCAUUUGAGCAUGAUACAUAUGCCUACCUUUUUACUGACUUAGAAACUCAACAAAAAGUUUUAUUUAAAAAAAUAAGACAUGGAUCGUCAGGGGAGCAUACGACAAAAAAAUUGGCAAAAAGCAUUUUAAGGGGAGAUGCGCCUGUUUCAAGGUCUACCUGGCAGAUGUUAAUUAAUCUUAAUCCAGAGGAUCAUAAAUAUGCACGUCAGUUCGUUUUAUGCGAUGGGAAAUUUAUUCAAGUGAACGGAAGUUUCGGGGGCAGUAGAAAAACUAUUUGCAACUACGAUUUAGCAAUCAAUAAUUUACCAGCGGAUAAUAUUAAAAUUAAAGUCCCUAGUGAUAAUAAAGUAAAUAGAAAAAAAAGUCUUUUGCGCAAUUCACUGUCGGUUAGAUUUAAACCAGGUCCCUUGUGCAGGAAAAAAAGUCUUGACAAAUCCUACCAAAAAGACCAUGUGGGGAACACUGAAAUAAUAGAUUUACCAAAACCAGGGAUCGACAUCUUUCCGACAUAUGGUAUCGCCUUAGAUCCAACUGUUAACAACUUUUUAAACCAUUUGCGUGACGAAGAUGGCACUAUAACACAAAAAUGGGCUGAAUUAGCCGUGUCUGUUUUAGGCAAAAUUGAAAAGUCUAAAGCAGUUCCAUUAGAGAAAAAAUGCAUUACAUUCGAUUUAGCAUACAAGUAUGAUAAAAAAAGAUUACUCGUGCGUUGUGACUCGGAAACAAAUUUGGUUACAUCAUCCAAGUUAACAAAUAAAGACGCAAUAUCUAAGAAUUCACAGACAGAUGAAGCAGACGCAAAAACUGAAAUAGAAGAGGUGCUGAAGAAAAUCGUGGAGUGUGUUGAAAUAAGUUUGAUACAAGAUACAUUAUUCGUUAACGAAGAGAACCUUAAAACAUUUCCACGUGAAGAUAAAAAAUGUAUAGAUACUUUGGCGAUGGUAAAAGAUAAAUCAAAAAGGAAAUUUUGUGAACUAGAUAGACUUGACGUUACAGUUAUUACUUUACCAGAAACUGCCGAACGUAAUUCAUCCCAAACUUGUGCCAAACUGCACUGUGCUUUAGGUUGUAUUUGUGCAUCACUAGCAGGUUCAUACAAUUUAAAACAACAUUGUGGCCGUAUAGAAUGCAUGUUCAGUUGUAAAUGCAAUUUUUCUUAUAAAGGUGAUUUAUCAUGUACAGAUGGUUCCAAUUUAUUUCCUGUGUUAUUGAAUAUAGAUAAUGAAAUAAACUUAAAUUUAGCAAAAGAAGAACAAAAAUUUCAUCAAACUGUUAUAGUAGCUGGUGAAAAAAGAAUUUUGUUGAAAGAUGAAAAAAGAAACUGGAAAGCAUCGAAAAAGUACGCAGAUUUUUAUAGUAAUAUGAGCUUAAAACAUGACCACCCGAAAAAACUUAAUUUAACUGUAGUAGCAUUAAAAUUGAAUUGUGAGAACAUAGAAUCUUGGUGCAUGGUUCAUAAUUUGUACAAGUGUUUUUGUAAAGGUAGAUUUAUAGAAACUUGCGCUCCAUUAUCAGGCGAAACUAUAGUCAAAGAUACACCUCAAAAGGAUGAUGUUACUAAUGAGUUAUUAGAAGAAAACAAUAAAGAUAUGAAUGAUAAAGAGGAAAGUGUGGUAGUGCCUACAAAAUCAGAACAAACACACACGCAAAAAAAGUUAAAAUCAUAUCAUUAUGAUACACAAAUUAAGCCUAAAGUUCACACACUGAAAGACCUGGAUAACUCAGGUCAUGAAAUAAGAAUAAAAGAAAAAUCAAAGCAGAACCUUCUUAUAAAUAAUAUUAAAUGUAAGAAUAUAAAACCUAAAAAUAAAGAAACUGAACAUGGGAGUUCUGUUUCAGAAUUUAUCAAUACACAGAGGGUUAUGGCAACAAGACAAUCUAUAAAAAAGUCAAAUGUGAAGGAAAGCUGUGCUAUCAAUGAAAGAAAGCAAUAUGUAAUAUCUGAUUCAGAAAGUGAUGAUUCAGAUUCCUCAGAAGACGCUAGUAUGAAGAGUUCAAGAACGAAUGCAUACGAGGGGAGAAAAUACAGCGAUGGCUAUUACAAAAACACUAAUAAUAAAAUAUUAAAUAUGGAGAAAAAUGAUAAGAGGCUCCAGGAAAAACUAGCCAGUAUUCAUAGUAAAAUCUACGGAAAUGAACCUGCUAAACCAACUAACAUUGAUGCUGGUAUAUUGCAAUUACUUUGUGAUCCUACUACCAAUAAUGAAGAAAUGGAACCCAAAGCAAAAAGAAAGCGUUUGGGUAGUAAUACCAAACUUGUUGCGUGGUUAGAAACAAAUUAUAAACUGUACAAAAAACGAAACGAUAAAGGCUUGAAGAACUGUUUAGAACCACCACUGCAAGGAAAAGUGGCGUUACAUUCAUGGGAUUUUAUUUUAAAAAGAUACAGAGAGAGAAAGAAUCUAUUUUUAGUGUCAAAUGUACCACCUUACAGAAUUUUUAUGGCAGUAAAUACGCGAAACCCAUUUUUCGCUAAUUGCAUCAAUAUUAAUGAUAUUCGUUUUGCGGAUCUCAAUAAAUAUCCACAAACUGUUAAGAAUUUACUCAUUAAUGCAUCUGAUUUAAAAGAUAACUUCUGUAUUUUACGUGGACUAUCUUGUUGUUGGGAGCUAAUUGGAUCUGUUACUAAAGUGAGUGAAAAUAGUGAACAGAAAAAUAAUGAAAACGACGACACAUCAGAAAUAAAUAUAGAGUCAUCCAACGCGAAAUCACCUAAUAUGGAAUCGUCUAAAAUUGAAACCUUUAAUGUGACAACAUGUAACAUAGAAAGUUUUGAUCUUGAAUCAUCUAAUUUGGAUUCGCCAGAUAUGGACUCUUUCAAUAUAAAUUCGCCUAACACGGAUUCAUGUGGUCCAGUCUUAUCUAAUGUAAAAUCAUCUGAUAUUGAAUCACUAAAUCUGGAAUCAUCUAGUGUUGAAUCGUUCAGUAUGGAUUAUGCUAGUCCAGAUUCAUUUAGAGUAGAAUCUGUUGAAGUUGAAUUUACAAAUAAGGAAACCAAAAAUACGGAAUGUACGUCAAUGGAGUCUUUAACUGUAUGCGGUAAAGUUAACUCAGCGGAUAAUGAACAAUCUUUAGCUGAGAAAUCUGAACAUAAGGAUGGUUUUACUAAAGGCAAUGCACCCUCUCCGUCGGACUCUGGUUCAUCAAAAUGGUUUGUUAUGACCAUAGAAAACGACUUCAGUGAAAUAAGAUUUUUCAAAAAAGGUUUUUUUGUUAAAUAUGAAAGUAUAAUAAAUGCAGUAAGCGUUGCUCGACUAUCAGGCAAAACAGUACGUCUAUCUUCUAAAAAAUUUACACAAACUGACCUUCCCCAAUUUGGUAUUUAUGCUAUUCCCAAUAACAACGAAUAUUGUGUGUUUGUUGGACCGUAUGAAAUGGAAGAUCCGUUAGGUAUUGAAACAAUUAAAACAAUCUUAGACGUUAGAAGAAUGAAAAGAACCAGAGGUUUUUGGAUUACCACGAAUAAAAUUGACAAUCUGAAGGUUGUAGAAAACCCCUUGUCAUUUGUGCCAUCAACAAAGAUUGAGAGCAAUACCGCAAUGCCUUUAGAAACUCAUUUUCAAAGACAAAGAGAUAGCACAGAUACACAAGAAAGUAAUUCACCAAAUAAGAUAGAGUCUUCUCCUUCUAAAUCAGGAAUUAAAGUCGUGAAACCAAUUAAAAUACGCAAAACCAAUGGCUUUUAUCAUUUAGCUUCAGAUGGAGUUUUGAAGAAAAUAGCUUACAAAACUUUUAGAAAAAAUGAACCUAGCUCCAAAGCAGUACCCAUUGUAAUAAAUACUGAGGAAAAUAAUGGAUCUUUAUUAAAACCUAACCUAUUUGCUAAUGACUGCACUCGUAAUCUUAAGCCAGAAACAUCACAAGUUUCAAUGCCAGAAGCUGUAUCACAAAUAAAGAUAUCAUCUGUAUUUUCAACAAAAUCACCCACAAGUACCAGACCUGAAAGAGGCAUGUUUAUCUUAAAACCUGAAGAAAUCAAUAGAAAACUAAUCAAUAAUAAGUUGAUAACUGAAAUGCCUUCCAGAGAAGAGUGUACAAUUUACAAGGAAACCCAAAACCACAGCUUAUUAGAAUCCAGCACAAAUAAUAUUUUCUCUCCUUCAGACGAUGUUUGCAUAAUUUCUGAUGAAGAAAACGAUAAUACCGCUCCUACAGAAAACUGCAAUUUUUGGUCAGAUAUAUGGAUUGAAUGUACAAGCAUUCCAAAUUUGGGCUGGAUAGCUGGAAUAAAAAAUUCAGAAAAUUUGAUCAGUUUUAAAAUACCAGAUUCCGAAUUUUCAGACUUUUACCCUGAAGAUGAAGCUUUCACAAGGCUCAAUAUGGAGCUAUGCAAAAGGAUAAAUAGUCCUCUUGUUGACUUGGAGUGGAAAAUCAACGAGUCCAACAGCCAGUUGAAAGGACAAGAAAUCAAUCCUGAACAUUUGUACCCGGACUAUAUACUUACACAAGAAGGACUGAUACACACAAGUGAUACGUUAAAAAAAGAAAAGAAAAACAUAAAAACGUAUUCAAAAAAUCAAAUGAAAAGCAAAAACGAAAUGUCGAAAUCCGCCAGUGAUAUAGACAAGGUUCGUCUGCAGCCAGGAAAAGUAGAAAAACGUCAAACAUCACAAGAACAGCACCAAUAAUAUAUUGACGUGGAUAUUUGUAUAAGCUGUUGCACUUACUUAAUAAAUACAUUGACUGAUUGUUACUUGAUAUCAUCGACGUUGCAAGUACUUACCUAUUUUGUUAUUUGGAAAACUAAAAUCAAAUUAUUGCCAACUUCCUUUAAUAAAAUACCAGAAUAUGUUGUUUGCCUUUGACUUGACAGACCAUUUAAAUAGGUAAGUACCAUCGACGUUACAUUUAAAGUCUAAAUACUUAAAUAAUUGUAUGUUCUAUAUUUUAAAUCGAUGUGUAGUUCUUAAUUUUACCACCUUUAACCAUCUUGAGAAAUCGAUCCUGAUCAUAUUGUCUGAUUCAGUUUUAAGAGGAUAGUAGGUAUCUACCUGUUGUCACUUGUUUACCGAAUAUAUUUAAAGCAAUGUGUGUACCUGACGAACUUUUUAAAAUUUAUCAAAUCUUGGCAUGAAGGACUAAGAAGGAGUAAUAAGGCAAAAUGAAUGAUAAUUUUCCAACGUAACUUAUUUUUUCUGUAAGAAAUUGUAACAGAGCACGAAAAUUUCGGACCUUGACUGGGAUUACGAUUGUUGAUGUACCUACAUAUCUACUUGUAAAAAAAUACGCGUCGAAUUGAGAACCUCCUCCUUUUUUGAAGACGGACAGCUCUUUUUAUGUGAAUUGAGGUUGUUGUGCUGACUGAUACUUACUUGACUUAGUGCUGAUUUUUCAAUGGUUAGAUAAAAGUUAUCUGGGGAAUAAUUAUGAUGCUGUCGCGUCAGAAUGUUUGUAUAAGUCAGCGACA